UCCUCCUCUGACAUCUAAGAUGAUUAUCAUUCUAUAACUAAGGGGGAUCAGACUCUCCCUUAAUUUCCUCUGAUCCAUCAAGUGCAACGGAAUGGAGAAGGUGGGCGAUUCUCACUCGUCUUCAGAUCCCGUUUCGCCAACUAGUAACGAGAUGAUGAAGGCUAAGUCUCCAGAAAUAUUGCGUUUGGAAAAGAUAAAAGGCGUCAUAGAAAAGCUUCAAACCUCGGGUGAAGAUAUCGACGUAGAGUAUCGCAAUGGGACGGUGAUAGUCGAAGGCCACUUUGAUCUUGAGAAGUUACAAAAUGAGGCCGGCGAUGCGAUCAAUUCAAUUAGAUACCCUUCAAGAAUACCUACGUCCGGCAGGGUACCUAUGAUGCCAGUUCCCGAAUUUCCUUAUCGUUAUAUUCAAAUUCUCUACAGUGAAAAUGAAAACCCAGAGAAAAAAGAUUACAAAGAGAAAAAAGAAAAAUCGAAGUGCUGUGUACUAUGAGCCUGAGAUGGGAGAUGCUGGAGGCUCCGGGUUCCAUGCUAGUUGCUGAUGGUUGUAGUUCUGGACCACGGUAAAAAAAACCAAAAAACAAUGGAGUCCAAUAAAAGUAAUCGGUAUUGUUGCUGGUAUGUUCGUGUAUCAAAAUCAGCAUUGCUUUUUUUUUUCUUAUGUAUUUGUAUGUUUGCGUGUCAAAGUCUCAAUUAUAAUAAUGGCGCGAGUUCAUUUGUGAUUGAGAUAAAAAGUAAUUGUUUUCUACAUUGUUUCUCUCAAAUAAAAAUGUUAUUUUUAGUCUAAUGGGCAAUACUUCAAUUCAAGAUUGCUCUAGUACAAAAGAAAAGGAUUGCUUUGUCAGGUAUUAGAAAGAUACUGAUGUAAUUAAAUUGGGUUAGAUGGCAAAUGAUGAUUUAACUUA